AUGCGGAAGUAUGGAGUCCACCACCGCCUAUCCACACCUUAUCACCCGCAAUCCAAUGGUCAGGUUGAGGUUUCUAAUAGAGAGAUAAAGACUAUCCUAGAGAAGACAGUCAAUCCCACGAGAAAGGACUGGAGCCGUCGUCUGGAGGACGCACUCUGGGCAUACAGGACCGCUUUCGAAACGCCUAUAGUAAUGUCCCCAUACCGGCUGGUAUUUGGAAAGAUGUGCCAUCUGCCGGUGGGAGUGGAGCAUCAAGCUUACUGGGCCAUCAAGGAAAUGAAUAUGAAUACCGACGUAGGGACUGCAGAAAGAAGAAUGCAACUACAGGAGCUUGAGGAGCUCCGUCUGGAUGCCUACGACUCUAUUAUGUGGUACAAAGAAAAGACGAAGAUGUGGCAUGAUAAGAAUCCCCGCAAGAAGGAGCUCAAAGUACGCCAGAAAGUGUUGCUGUUUCAGUCUAGGCUGAAAUUGAUGCCAGGGAAGCUCAGAUCAAGGUGGAUAGGUCCCUAUACCAAUGUCGCCGUCCGAGCGAAUGGUGCAAUCGAACUCCAGGGAGGCGAUUCAGAUUCGCCUUCCUUCAUGGUGAAUGGUCAUAGGGUAAAGCCAUACAGAGAAGGAAUGGAGGUAUUUAUGGUGGACGACAUUCCACUACUCAUGCCUAACUCUCUCCAGUAA